AUGAGUAAUUUAAAUGUUCUGGAAACAAAAGGACGGAGACGUGCUUUAUCCAUCAACAGCAUAGACGCAGAUCAUCAACACGCAAUGGAUAGUUCUCUUGACAAUCUACAACAAGAUCUGUCAUUAAUUAGUUCACAAUGGAACAAAGUAAUCAAUGAGCAUUCUAACCCCUUAGAGUUAUCUCUGGCCUUCCUAGAUGACACAUCAGUCGGUCUUAGCCACAGGUAUCAAGAAUUUACUCAAUUAAAAGAAAAAAUAGGAUCUCAUUUAAGAUUAGUAGUUGGUGAGCAUAGUCAAGCAUUUAAUUCUAACGUGGCAUCAUACAGUAAAACUGUACUAGCAUUAACAGAUGCUCAGGAGAAUACGACUCAAAUCAAAAAGAACUUAAAUGAAGCAAACGAAAAGAUCACUGUACAAAAAGAAUCUCUGAUGGAAUUAAAUAACGAAAGUCUAAAAUUGACAAACUCUAUAGAAUCGCUUUCUUACAUUGAAGAAUUGUUACAAAUACCUGAGAAAAUCGAAGGAUGUAUGAGAAAAGAAGAUUUUAAAGAGGUACAAAAUCUUUUGGAAAGGGGAUUUGUACUAAGUAAUACAAAUUCAUUGAAAUCUUUAGAACAAUUGAAACCCAUUCAUCAACAACUAGAAAUCCAAGAACAUGUUCUAUUCCAAAAUAUGAUAGAUGAAAUCCACGAUAUAGUUUAUUCCAAAAAGGGUAAUCUUACUCUAGAUACGAAUAUUUUAGAGACCAUUAGUGUAUCUCAGAAUGGCUUCACAAGUUUAGAAAAUUAUCUCUACAAUAUUGUAAAUAUCGAUCUAAUGAAGCAGUCUGUAGAUUUGAACAAAAAAUUAUUAAAUUUUAUCACCAAUGUCAAAAUACCAGGAUUUUUUCAAACUAUUGCUACAGUGAAUUCUGGUAGUAAUUCGGAUUACACUCAGUUAUUUGCUCUAUUAUCUAUGUUGAAAGAUAUUAAUAAAUUGCCAUUAGCACUUAAUAUAUUGGUGGAUAGAGCAAGUGUUGAAAUACAUAAUAUCAUGAUUAAAGCAACUGAAGCUGUACGUUCAAAACACCCGACAUUAUUGAAAAUGGUUAAAAGUAUCGCGAAUGAAAAUAGUUUUGGUCUUUCUAUUAAAAAUUUACUUUCCUUGAUAAUGAGGGAAUGUUUCUGGGAAAUAUUCAUCAAAUAUUUGUUGGUAAUUCAGAAACAUAGAGCUAUAUAUGAGAUAGUUAACGUCCUUCAAACUUCUUCUGCUAGCUCUAUAAAUAAAAAUUAUUAUAGAUUUGACCUAAUUUGGAGUAAACUUUUGCAUGAAGUGGAACAACUGAUAACUAAAUAUAUAUAUAACCCUUUAUUGAUUCUGGGAGGAGAUAUGCAUAGAUUGGGAAGACAGGCACCAGUUUUACCGAAAAGAAAAGGACAGAAGCUAUUUCUACUUCAAAAUAAUGUAACUGAUGCAUCAUACACUAAAGAGCACAUUGGGGAUUUAAAGGCACUUCUAAAAGAUAUAUUUGUAGGAUUUACUGUUCCUCAAAAUAUAAAACUAGAUUCUAUUUACAUCGAAGAUGAAUCUUUUGAAGAGGAGGAACCUCUUAUUCCUGCUUCUGUUUUCAACAUGAAAGUCUUGUUGGAACCAUUGUUACUUUUCGUUCAAGCUUCUUCGAAUUUAAUUCCUGUGGAUAUAUCACAAAAUUCUACGCCAUCAAUAGCUUUCUUUUCUAGUUUUAUGGAGAAGAAUUUUUAUCCAAGAAUUGGUUUGACAUUGGAUUAUGUCUUUUCAACUGAUGUUGAAAGUCUGAAUCCUUACACAUUAGAAAAUAUAAAUGAAAAUCAAAAUAUAUUCAAAUCAGCAAUUGAUUUCCAAAUAUUUUUUUACAAUAUGCUUUAUGUGUUCAAUUCUUCAAAUAGUUUUAGGCCACAGAUGGUUAAAAUAAUUCUGCAUACACUUGAAAAGUUUUUCCAAUAUUAUUCUAGCAUUUUUAACUCGAUCAUUGGAUCAUCUGCUAGUGAAAGAAGUAAUAGAUUGACAACGGCUUGGUUUAAUGACGAACAUUUGAAAGCCUGUGAGAGACAUUUAUUGAAGGGAGACAACUCCAAUAUUGUAGAUGAAUCUAAAAAUUUAUUUAAGUUUUGUCCCAAAUUUCAUGAAAGGGGGAAUGAUAUCGGGGAAGAUAGUACCUUAAAUUUACUCACCUUAGAUACGGUAAUUUACUUUACGAGCACGGUUUCUUGGAUUAUGACGUGGUUACCAUCAUUGAAAAGCUUAAUCGAAAGUUCAAGUAAUACUGAAAUCGUGUCAUUAAUGAAUGCAGACGAAUUGAGGUCUCAUUGGUCAUUUUUUGAGUAUAUGGAUAUAGAGAAUUCAAACAAAAUGAUGUCACUUAGAAUAUUGUUGGAUUCUGAAAAUAGUGAGAAGUUUGACUCAAUUGUGCAAGGUUUUGAAGGUCUAGAGUUGGAUCUGAUGACUCUGUUACGAUUUGAUAUUAGGGCGGAGUCUAUUUACAAUAUUGGUAAAUUUUUCCAGGAGACAACAUCUUGGGAUUUGGAAGUUGGUAGUAUCGAACUUUACCAUUCCAUCAGUUCACUAAUUUCGCGAUUAAGGACAACUGAAAACAAACUAAGUCAACAGUUAUCUGAGGAUGGGAAGGAUAAAAUAUUUGCUGGUAUUGAUGUUGUAAGUAGUCAAGCUUUCAUAUUAGGAGCCUUUUCCAUUAAUGUAAUUAACGAAAACGGUAUAAAGAAAAUAUUAAGGAAUGUGAAUCUGCUUCAACACACUAUUAGAAACCUAUGCAGUGAACCAUCAAAUAUAUCGAUGGCAAAUACGAUUGCAUUUUACAGUCUAAUAUCUCAGACAGAAAAUGUUUUGAUUCAAAAAAUUAAUGACAAAGAGCUCCCACUCUUAACCAAAGACGAUUUUAAAAAUAUCCUGAGGUUGCAGUUCAGUGAGGAAAUAGAUCAACAAGUAAAGCGUCAAAAUUCUAUGUCUGCUAAUAAUGCAUCUAAACCAGUAAAUAGAAGAUAUAACGAAGCACUGAAGAAAAUCGAAGCAUUAAACAUAUAG